AUGCCGUCCACUGGAAUCGUCUCGCUCGCAGCCACUGCCGCUCUGCUCUUCGCCGGCGUCGAGGGCCACGGUCAGAUGACGGUGCCCGCUUACCGUCAGAUGUCGGAGAAGUUCCACAAGGACUCGGGCGCUCUCAUCAACAUCGGCCUCAACGAGAUGCAGAUCGCCCCUAUUGAGGGUCUCUCGCAGCACAAGCAGAAGGAUUUCCCGCCGUCGCCGACGUUUAACCUUCUGAACGGAUGCCGUGGCACUGUGUACGAGGAGGGCAGCGAGGUCACCACUCUUGAGCCGGGCAAGGAGUUCGACGUCAAGUGGACGAUCCAGGCCCCGCACCCGGGUUUCAUGAAGCUGAGCAUCCUCAAGCCUAGCGAGGAUUCGACCGGCACGAUCACGUACAAGGGCUACAAGCAGCUUCUGAACAUCGAGCCGUUCGCUGAGCACGGUGGCGACGGCAGCACCACGGCCAAGAUGCCCGCUGAUGUUUCGGGCUGCGAGAAGCCAGGCGACUGCGUGCUGCAGUUCUACUGGCACUCGGACAUCGCCAACCAGACGUACCCCACGUGCGCAGACAUCGUCGUGUCCGGAAGCGGCGCUGGCACCUCGACCACAACUAAGGCCACCACCACGGCCCCCGUUGCUAAGACCAGCGAGGACGCCAGCGAGGAGGCCGAGGAGACGACGCCCGCCCCCAAGGCCGUCACGCCCGCUCCGACGCCCAAGCCCACCACUGCUCCCCCUGCUACUACUGCGCCCGAGCCGGCUUCGGCUGCCACCAAGGGCGACGUGGCUGGCGAAGCGGAUAUCGGCGCCAAGUGCUUCCGUCGCAUGCGCCACUAG